AUGGCUGACAAACAGAAAAAGUUUGAUGCAUGUGUAAUUCGUACAAGUAAUGCUGAUUUUAUUGUUGCUGAAUGGCACCAGUUAAUAACAACUGCUAAUAAAUCAAAACUCACUGUUGGAUCAUGUGUUGGAUAUAAAAAGUCAACAAAUAAACGGGAGAAGAUUAUUCGUGGCACAAUUAUGAUUAUUGGUUCACUGCAAGUAUGUGAAAAACAAAAAAAAUUAUUAGUGGCAAAGGUUAAUAGUGAAAAUGGUGCAGCACAAAAAUUUGAUGAAAAAGAUGAAUGUGAAUCUGAGUCAACUGGUAUUUCAAAUAGUAAAAAUGAUUUGGAGUCAAACGAUGAAGAUUCGUCUGACUCAAAUGAUGCACGUUUGAAAAUUGAUACUGAACAAGAAGAAAAUUGUGAUGAAAAUAACUCAAAACAAAUUCAAUCUAACCAAGCAAUAAUCAAUGAACCACGAAACGACAAUCGAUCCAAGACAUCAGAAGCAUCAUCUUUAAGUGCUGCUUAUACAGAAGAAAAAACAACUAGUUCAUUUAAACGAAAGAGUGUUGAUUCUGACAGUGAAGCACAAUAUGUAGAAACAAAACGAAAACGAAUUUCCGUGAGUUCUUAUGAGGAGCUCAGAAGGGAAAACAUUCGAAUGAAGAAAGAAAUUGAAAAAUAUAAAAGGGAAUGGAUGCCUCGUCCAACUGAUCCCAGUGUUAUAAGAUAUUUUGUACGUAUGGGAGAACUACUUUCCUGUGCUGGUGAAAUGGAAGAAGGAAAUGGUGAAAAAUUGAUUAAGAUUUGUGACCGAUUAAGUAUGAGCGAAGAACAAUUGAAUAGACUACAAAAGCCGAAUGGUACAAGAACAGCUCGUUCUAUUAUACGUGCCUGUUAUCCACCACAUGCUCGAAUGGAUGCUCUUGAAGAAGGUAUUGAUGAUGAUCUUCGACAAGCUGUUCAUGAUUACGUUAACAUAUUUCAUGGUAUGGAAGGUCUGACGGAAGGAAAAAUUAAUGAAAGUAUUAACAAUGUUUUUCGUAGUGCCAAAAAUCAGCAAAAACAAGAUGGAAAAAAUGAAUCUCAACAAUCAACUUUCAAUAAUUCAAAGUUUAUUGGAAAAAAAAAAUCCAACAUCAAUAAAGAAAAUGAUUUACCAAGAAAUCAAUGA